UUGUGUUCUCAAAACCAGAGAGAUCAAAUCAGAGGAUACAAGAGAGAGAGAGAGAGAGAGAAAGAGAGCAAUGGCUUCUUCAUCAUCAUCUCCCCUUGAACUGACCUUGAGCCUUAAGCCCUCCUAUCAGCCAAAAACCAUUCAAAAUGUUCUGAAAGAGUUGCAAGAAGUAAAGAAUCCAUUGGACAAAUUAUCCGUGUUAAGUGAUUAUAUUCACCAGCAUGAGGAAGAAUUGAACUUCAUUAAGCAAAUUAAACGUCAAGUUCCGCAAUGUGGAUUGUUUUUAAUGGAAGCUAUUAAGACUCUAACAGAGGAAUCUGAGAAAAUAAAGAAGAGUAUGGAAUCAGGAGGACGGAAGCCCCUGGUGGAGUUUUUGCCCACGAAGAGGAAAGAAUAUGAAAAUGAUUUUGCACAUACGUUUUUCACCGCAAAUCAUGAAAGUAAGAGACAGAGAGGAUAUCCAGCCCAAGUCCAGACAUUCAAUGAUGUGGAGGAGCAAUCCUUCUAUGGAUCAUUAACUGUAUGGAGAGGCCAUGUUUGUGGUGCAAGAGGAUUGGAUUCCAUUAUUCCAAGGGCUGAAUCAGCUGCACAUGGUCGCCAGAAUUUGAUGUUUCAUCAUCCAACCAUCAAUAAUUAUCAACCAAAGCCACUUAGCCAGCCUAUCAAGAAGAGCAGGAUGACUUGGACAGACAAACUGCAUGAUACUUUUGUGGAGGCGGUGAAGCUGGCUGGAGGAAUUGAAGUUGCCGCACCCAGACAAAUAAGAGAGAUCAUGCAAAUUGAUGGCUUGACGAAUGAUCAAAUCAAAAGUCAUUUGCAGAAAUAUCGACUUCAUUACCACCAGGAUCCAAAAGGUUCAUCCUGAAACAUACCAUGGUGACCUUAGGACAAAAGAAAUUGGGAUGAGCAAAUGGAGACAAGGUAAAUCUGGGAACAAGUUGUAACUGACCUUGGAGUGUAGGUUCGAGAAUCAAAAUAGGGUAGGUCUUAUGUUUCAACUAUCCAUCAACCUAGGAAGCUGGAACUGGAAUGAAUUGCUUUUUAUAUC